AACUCAUAAAUAUUGAUACUAAUUUUGUUAAAUACAAAAACAAACCUGCCCCACACAUACAGUUAAAUAUACAUUUAAUUACAUAAAGAAAGAAAAAUACAAAAAAAAAUGCGUGCCAACAAAUUAAAAGAAUCAUCGAAGACGCCCGACAUACGAUUAGCCAUCCAAGAUUUCUCAAAUGUGCGUACUACACAGAUUGGUUGUGUUUUGGGUGCCUUGGCCGAAGCCAUAAACCGUGUUAAAAUUUCUCUUAUAUUACCCAGACUCUUGGAGGAUCCAGACAAGUUGGCAAAGGUUCUUACUGGUACCAAAUAUGAGAGAGCUAUAACUUUGGUCGAAGAUUUUUUUCGACGCUGGGAAUUUAUAGUGAGGGAAGAACGGCCUCCCUUGAUGGAUCAUGGUUGCAUACAAAUUAUUGAUUACUUUCAAAAGAAUUCGGAAAUGUAUCUGCUCUUUCCACGAUUCAUGAACAAUUUGAAACCUGAUGAGAAGAAGCUACUGGCUGCCUUUGAAAUGCUUUACGAAUUGGCCAAGGAGCGUUUGCAUCGCACCUCAAAGGAAGCCAUAGCUCAGGAGCGCAAACUUCAUGGCAUGUAUUUGGAGAACGAGGUCGUAAAGAAAAGCGUUGCCGAGCUAAAGAAGAAGAUAUUUGUGCAAAAGGUUCAGUUACGUUGGAAAAUGGCAGCCAAAGAAGCAUAUCUGCAGAAAUGUGAAUCCGAUUUGGCCAACAAACGGCGACAAAACAGUGAGCAAAUGCAAUAUGAAAUUGAGAAAUGUACUCGGGCCCUGCGUGCCAAUCAAAAGGCCAGUUUGGAGAGGCAAGCGGAACUGGAAGAACAACUGAACAAACUGAAACUCGAAGAUCAGAAAAUAAAUAAGGAGAACCUGAUCCAGGAGAAAGAAGCACGUGAUGAGAAAAACAAACUUUUGCUACAACUACAAGAUCUUAUUAAGAAAUAUGAUCAUGGCAUUCGUGAUAAAAUGGUCGAGAAUAUGGAAUUAAAUGAAGAAUUCAGUAAGGCCAAAAAGGCUUUGGAUGACUUCAUGGUUGGCUUUCGUAAAGUGGAGCAAGUCUACAAGGAUAUUGUGGUUAAGCGUGAGGAUGCCGAACGUCGUGCUCAUCAGCAACGGGUUAUUAUGUUCAUGAUGAAUCGGGCAGCUCGUAAGAUUCAGAAAUACUGGAAGAAAUGGCGUCGUGAUCUACGAAAGAAAAACAAACGAUUACGCAAACAAAAAUAGUGAUAGUGUAAAGUGAAAUUUGGAACUUAAAUUUAUGAUUCAAUUUCGAUCAAUAAAUCAAAAUUAUCAAAGUUAA